AAACGUCAGAUUCAAUUCGGAGUGUAAAUGGAGAUGAAAACGAGGACUGGAAGCAAUAACACAGAGCAUAGGAAGACGGUAGAGGAGGACGACGACGAAUGGACAGGAGCCACGAGAUGCGGAUUCGGGUUCUUGUUGCUGAUCGCCGUGACGUUGAUCUGGGGAGCCACGGUGCUCGUCAUCUUCUGGGCAGUCUACUACAGGAAGGGUUUCGCCUGGCAAGAUGACAUCAAGCGACAGUUCAAUCUCCACCCAGUGCUCAUGACUGCAGGCUUCAUCUUCUUCAUGGGCCAAUCACUGCUCGUCUACCGGUCAUUCCGUUGCUGCAAGCGAGUGUACAACAAGCUGGCCCACACCGUGCUGCACAUGCUGUCCAUCCCGUGCAUCGUGGUCGGGUUCAUCGCAGUCUACGACUACCACAGCCUGGAAAGCCCUCCGAUCCCGCACUUCUACUCGCUGCAUUCGGUGAAGGCGAUUGUUCAAGUAUACACAACAAUUUGGGAGCACCUUAUUUCUCUGCGAUUCACCAUUUCCCCGAGGUUCGUGGUGGGAUUCUUCAGCUUCCUCAUCCUCUUGUGUUGCGAAGGUGCCACGGGCGCCUUUCGGGCUGCGUUGGUUCCCAUCCAUGGAACCAUGGGAUUGACAACUUUCAUGCUCGCCAUCGCAACGGCCGUCACUGGUGUCACUGAAAAGGCCAUCUUCGGACUCAACGGGAAGAACGACACAGCUCCGUACAAAGAUAUGCCGGAGGAGGCGAUCAUUUUGAACACUUUCGGCGUGGUUUUGGCUGGACUGGCGAUUGUAGUGCCGCAGAUUUUGUACAGAGAAGUCUACCGCUACCGCAGAGCAACGCAUUUGCUGAUAGCGAAUGAUCGACUAAGCGAGUACAAGGACUUCACAGACGAAGGCAUCGUCAUGAACACUUUCGGCAUCAGCAUCAUGGCGCUGGGAAUCGUCGUGACAGUGCUGCUGCGUCAUACGCCGAGGAACCGCACGGUGUCGCCGGAUUACUCCUCGGGCUACUUGCAGUAAUACAUAAAUAAAUUUAAAAAAAAAGAGUAAAAACGAAAAGCAAAAAGAAAGAAGGUCUUAAUUGAAUCACGAUUAAAACCGUCUUUUCUCUGGAAAUUCUCAAG